AUGGAAUCGGAGGACGAGAUGACGGCGGCGAUGAUGGAAGAUUCCAACGACGACGACGAAAUCUAUGGCGAUGAUGAUUCAGACUCCAAUGGCAUCGUUAUGGACUACGACGGGUUCAUGGACCACGACUCAGACGAUUCCGAUGAUCUCUCCUCCUCACACAAUCUGCACUAUCAUCAUCGAUCGCAGAACUACACUAUUUUAAACGAAGAGGAUAUUCGGCAAUGUCAAGAGGAAAGCAUUACAAAAAUAUCUACAAUCCUCUCAAUUUCUAGGGUAGCUGCUGGCAUUUUGCUUCGCCACUAUAGCUGGAGUGUUAGUAAAGUGAAUGAUGAAUGGUUUGCAGAUGAAGAAAAUGUUCGUAAGACUGUUGGUUUAUUGGAUAAGCACAUUACCCUUCCUGAUGCUAAAGAGCUAACUUGUGGGAUCUGCUUUGAAACAUACCCUCGGGAUAGGAUGAGUGCUGCUGCCUGUGGUCAUCCAUUCUGUGUGAUAUGUUGGCAAGGAUAUGUUGGCACAGCCAUUAGUGAUGGGCCUGGAUGCUUAAUGUUGCGCUGUCCUGAUCCAUCAUGUUGUGCAGCUGUUGGCCAGGACAUGGUGAAUCAGUUAGCUUCAUAUGAUGACAGAGAGAAGUAUAACCGCUACUUUUUAAGAUCAUUUGUUGAGGAUAAUAGGAAGACAAAGUGGUGCCCAGCACCUGGCUGUGACUAUGCUGUGGACUUUGUUGUUGGUAGUGGAAACUAUGAUGUCAGUUGCCGUUGCUCCUACAUUUUUUGUUGGAAUUGUGUUGAGGAAGCCCAUCGCCCAGUUGACUGUGGAACCGUGUCUAAAUGGGUUCUGAAGAACAGCGCUGAAUCUGAAAAUAUGAAUUGGAUAUUGGCAAAUUCAAAACCUUGUCCUAAGUGCAAAAGGCCGAUUGAGAAGAAUCAGGGUUGCAUGCAUAUUACAUGCACACCACCGUGUAAAUUUGAGUUUUGCUGGCUGUGUCUCGGUGCAUGGUCAGAACAUGGUGAAAGAACUGGUGGAUUCUAUGCAUGCAAUCGUUACGAAGCUGCCAAACAAGAAGGAGCUUAUGAUGAUGCUGAAAAGCGAAGAGAGAUGGCGAAAAAUUCUUUAGAAAGAUAUACACAUUACUAUGAAAGAUGGGCUACAAACCAGUCUUCUAGGCAACGGGCAAUUGAGAAUCUACAUCAAAUGCAAACAGUACAUCUGGAAAAGCUAAGUGAUAUACAGUGCCAGCCAGAGUCUCAGCUUAAGUUCAUUAUAGAGGCUUGGCUACAGAUUGUUGAAUGUCGACGAGUUUUGAAGUGGACAUAUGCUUAUGGAUAUUAUCUACCUGAACAUGAACAUGCUAAAAAACAGUUUUUUGAAUAUCUACAAGGUGAGGCUGAGUCGGGUUUGGAACGACUUCACCAAUGUGCGGAGAAGGAAUUUCAGGUUUACCUCAACUCUCAAGGUCCUUCAAAAGAGUUCAACGAGUUCCGAACAAAGUUAGCAGGAUUGACUAGUGUGACUAAGAAUUACUUUGAGAACCUCGUUCGAGCAUUGGAAAAUGGUUUGUCCGAUGUGGACUCCGGUGGCCCGCGCAAUCAAGCAAGUGGUAGCUCGAAAAAUCUAGCAAGUGGCAGUAGUAAAGGUAAAGGUAAUAAUAAUAAGGGGAAAGGUACAGCUUCAAAGUCGAGCAGUUCUCGGAAUAUAGAUGAUUCAGGCCAUUGGUCUUGUGAAUACUGCACGUACGCCAAUGUUAGCUCAUCCACCGUUUGUGAAAUGUGCCAACAGCACCCGUAA